CAAAUUUUUGUAUACGAUCAACCUUCGGGAUAGAUAAUACCAACUACCAGCUCAGUGUGAACAAUGUCACUUCUUGCAACAGCUUAUCGUUUUGAGCGAGAAAACUGCAAUGCAAAGGCACUUAAGAAAGCCAUGGGUCGUCAAGCAGCCCGUAUAAAGGAGGAUGAAGAGUUCUCUGAUCGAUCAUUUGAAGAACAAGCAAACUCAAGGGUAAAUGAAAUAGCAAAAUGGUCAGAAAGCCUGGAAGAGGCAAGUGAUAAAAGGAAAGUUAGAAGAGAAAUUAAAUCUGUCAACGAAGAGCUGAAAUGUUCAGGGAAAGCAUUAGUUAAGGUGCGCAAGGCACAAUUGGCAAAUUUGCUUGAAGGAGAAAAGAGAAAAUAUGAAAGUGAGCUUAAAGCUUUGGGAAAAGCUUUCUAUAUAGAGAGACUGUAGCUUUUAGACUAAAAUUGUAAAUACAUUUGAAUUUUCAAACUUUUGAUGUAACUUCUAGUUUUAUGUA